AUGAAUGACAACCAUGCGCGCAUCUCCCCCGCGCUCGUCGAGACAAUUGCUGGCCUCUCGGCCGGUACUAUAUCCACGCUCGCAGUCCAUCCUUUAGAUGUAAUCAAAACCCGUCUUCAGAUCCAGCGCAAAUCUACAACUCCCCUCGGGGGAUAUAGCAUCGGAAAAUCGCUGUUAGCCAGCCAGCGCCCUAUCCAAACCUUAUAUCGAGGCCUCACGCCAAAUCUCGUCGGAAAUGCGAGCAGUUGGGCAAUAUUCUUCUACUUCAAGUCAAUCAUCGAGAAACAGCUGCUUAUCUUCCACGGUCAACCUGGCACAAGCCCUACUAGUCAACAUGACAGUGCUGCCAAUCGAAAUGCCCUCACGCCAUUUGAUUACUUCCUUGCUUCCGGGAUAUCAGGGACUAUUACCACAUUCGCAACGAAUCCAAUAUGGGUUGUGAAAACCCGGAUGCUGAGCUCGGAUAGAGGGUCGAAGGGCGCGUAUGAGAGUUUCUGGCAUGGGAUACAACAAUUGUGGGUCCGUGAAGGCCUGAAAGGGUUUUACAGAGGCGUAGGGGUUACCUUGUUGGGAAAUAGUCAUGGGGCUGUUCAGUUCGCCGUGUAUGAGCCCAUGAAGAAUACCUGGAAGAAAUACCUAGCCCAGCAGCGGGAGCUAAGUGAUGGCAUAAUGGUAAAGGACCAGAAAGACGAGAAGCUGGGAAAUACGGCGACAUUGAUCCUUAGCGGCUCCGCGAAGGUGGUUGCUGGAACCGUGACAUACCCAUACCAGGUCUUCAGAAGCAGGAUACAGACAUAUCAUGCGGAUGAGACGUUUGGGAAGGGCAUUACGGGCGUGGCGAAGAAGGUCCUAAGGGAGGAGGGAUGGAGAGGCUUUUAUAGAGGCUUGGGAACGAACAUUGUGAGGGUUCUGCCUGCUACUUGGGUGACCUUCUUAGUGUAUGAAAAUGUCAGGUACUAUCUCCCAUCUUGGGCAAAUUCAAUUUAA